AUGGCGAAGCCACAUGACCGAUGGCAACACAUCCAGUCUUUCGCCAUGGAGUCCUCCCGACUCAUGGAAUUGCAGGUGUCGCUCCUACAAGCCUACCUGGGCCAGCAAGUGGCCUGGGACCGGGGGCUCGAGGAUGCCACCAAAAGCGUGGAGGAGGCAGUGGAGCAGGUGUGUGAGACUAUCCACGGCCUCCAGCUGCGAUUGGCAUCGGAGUCCUUCAAGAGUGAAGUACCGACCGAAGUGGUGUCGCGAGUACCAGAGCUGGAGGAUUCCAACCUGGAUGACAAAGAGGAUGUCAGUUUGGGCCAGCCCAUCGAGUCUCUCGCGCUCGGCGACUUCGGCUACGGCUUGGCGACAUCGGAGCUAGGACGGGCCGAUGAGCCUCCGGCAGACAGACGGCCGAGCGGAAUGCAGGAGAGCAUUGCGAGCGUGGCUGACAGCUUGCAGAGCAUCGAGAGCGACCCGUGGGGUGCUUCUGCCGUCUGCCCCUAUGGUGUGCUGAACCCCCACUGGGGACUCAAGCUUGGCUGGGACUUUAUUGUGAUGUUCUUGGUUCUGAUGGAUGCCACCGUUUUGCCAUUUCAGCUCACCUUCAAGGGAAACAUGGAUGAAGAUUCCUUUGACAUUGCCUGGCUAUGGAUCACCACCCUGAUUUUUGGCAUUGACGUUGUCGCCUCAUUCAACACCGCAAUUGAAGCCACAGAGAAGGACUUGAACGUGCCGCCAGGCAAGCUCAUCACGAGCCGGGCCGUCAUCGCGAAGAAGUACUUGCGAGGCUGGUUUGCCAUAGAUUUUGGAAGCACCGUUCCCUGGUCGCAGAUCGCAGAGGCCAUCACCGCAGGAGACGGCUCCACACAGCUCACAAGAUUGACGAAGGUCGUCAAGUUCGUGCGCCUGUUGAGGCUGAUGCGCAUGCUCCGCUUGGCCAAGCUGGGCGCAAUUUGGGAGCGGAUCGAGGCCCGCAUCGGAUCAAUUUUCUUCGUUCAGUGCGUGGCACUGAUCCGCGUCCUUCUGGUCGUGAUUGGCAUUUGCCACUGGAACGCCUGCAUCUUCUGGCUGGUGGGUCUCGAUCGUAACUUGUUUACAGAGCUCAUGAGCGACGAGGCGUUGGCUGAGUACACCGCAGGGCCACACUGGACGACCGUUUGGCGGAUGACGGAGGCUCAGGCCGACGCUUGGCGAUGGGUUGACCGACCCAUGCCGGAGAAAUACGUGUUCUGCUUCUAUUGGACCCUGGGUGUCAUGCGGACCAUGCCCGCCGAAGUGACUCCAGUCAACCUGCCGGAGCGACUCUUCGUUUUGGUCUUCAUGUUCUUCGCCCUUUCAGCUUUUGCCAUCUGCGUAUCGCUCAUCACGCAGGCUUUCUUCAAGAUCUGGGAUCGACGUAGGGUGUUCAACGAGGAGCUAGCUGCGGUCCGUAUGCACCUUCAGAAGACGCAAGUGGAGGAAGCCACCCAGUUGAAGGUGAAAGCGUAUUUACGGUACAUCUUCGAUCGCCGUCGCAUUCAUGCAAAGGAAGCAGCCUUGAUGAACUUCCUCCCUGAUCCGCUCAAGAGCCAAAUAAGGCGAUCUCAGGUGCGGAUGUACUUGGAGAGGAUACCCUUGAUGCGAGAGCUGGAGAGGGAUAGCGUCGAGAAGAUCACCGACGCAGCAGAGACUUUUGACCUCAUGCAAGGGGAUGCGGUCUCCACCGCAGGGACCGUGGCGGACGCGGCUUGGGUGCUGGUGUCCGGGCGCCUCCGGGUCACGAAGCGCGUGGUGGGGCCGACGGAGAGCGUGCUUACCAAUGCCAGCAUCGUUUCGCCGUUGGUUGUGGACGAGCAUUGUCUUGAAGAAGAAGGUCCUGUGCUUUCCAGGUGCACAACCUUGGCUGCUGAAAGUUCUGAGCUCAUUCGGAUUGGCAAACAACACUUUUUCCAGUCCAUCUCCGUCAACCGAAGGAAGAGCCUGAACCUCCGCGGCGCGGCUCUCUACCACGUAAACCAUCACCAGUCGAUGGGAAGCGCGGAACAAGUCUCGACGCCAUCGGGAAGAGCCAGACGCGGGUCUACCAUGACGGUCUCACACGCCGUUCAUGCAACGGCGGCUGUCAUCUCCUCCUCAUGA